CUCAAGACUCGCUAAAGAAUCUAUUACUUAGUCUUCAAAAUCGUUGCACUGUUGCACCUGAUUAUUUUAGAAGCUCACAGCGUGCAACGUGCAUGCGCUUGUCCUUCUCACGGACAUUUUUCUAAAUGACCCCGUGUGAAGUUUCAGGUGGUUUCCCCUGGUGAUAAAAUGGGCUCCCUUCCUCCAGAGCUCUUGACUUACGGUGACUGCGUCUUUUAGGCCUUGCCGUUUGGACUAGGACUCUGUUCGUGCCCACGAUCACUGUCCGAAUGUUGGCUUUUAUCUUUGGGGCCCUGACUGCCCUCCUUGCAUCGCAGAGCGCUCGCGCAUCGCUGGCACCAGCUCUACAAGCCCGUGCCCUUACAGCGAUCCAAGGCACAUACAACACGACUUUUGUGCACGUCGUCACAAGCAAAGAUCAUGCACAAAGUUUGGUUCCAUCCCAGUACCCGCUCCUCCCGGUCAACAAGACCCUUUACCCGGGACUCUCGGAUGAUCAGCACCCCAUCGUUCUCGAGCUCGGGCGCGAGGCCAACGCCGGCCCUCCAGGCCUCGGAAUUCUCAGCUUCCAGGAGGCCAAGAUUGAGGUCCCUGACGUCCAACGCGUGAGCGACUCGGAUCGACCCUUUCUUCACAAGCGAUGGAUCGCAGUCGAUGAUGGCCUUGACGUAGUUGGCUCGUGGGUGCAGUAUGGACUGAACACCUCGCUCGAGACGUUUGCGCCCGCGAACAGCAGCAACUCUUCUUCAUACUCAUAUACUGUGCAGGGUGCAAUUGAAGCGGAGCUCAGCGCUCUGAGCAAGGAAGAGACUCCCCGUUUUGGCUUGGAUACAUACACUACCGGCGCCACACUGCCAUGGUUCGGCACGUACCUACUCUGUGCACAGCACACCUACAACUUCACCCACCCCGUAGAGCCCUUCGUAUUCACUAAAGGAACUGUUACUCUAUACCCGCCAUACGCCGGACCCAACGCUACCGGUCCCAUCACGCUCGAAGCAGCAGGCGUCCAUGUGACAGCUUCGUUCGACAUAUCAUAUGCACUUGCGUGCUCUGAAUUCUUCUAAUUGUAUGGCCUGCGAGAGGCACAUGGGGCUCGCAAUCGCCCAACCCAUUAUGUAUUGAGGGAUAGUUUACGGAAUACCCUUCUUUUCC